AUGUCGACAAUCACCGCAAAUGGAGCUGCUGCUCCUGCUCGCAAGAAGCUGAAUGGCUACGUCGGAUUUGCCAACUUGCCCAACCAAGUGCAUAGGAAGAGCGUCCGCAAAGGCUUCAACUUUACUGCUAUGGUCGUUGGUGGGUACCUACGCUUCCAUGCUUCAGGCUGGGCGGCGAUAUGUUCGAUGGGAUUUGGUGUGCAAACGUCGUGAACGAGAGGCACACGGUGGUGAUAGUGGUCGCUCUGCGUUUUGCAGUCUUCUGACGACGCCGUUUCGCGUGGAUCGGUCUUCCGGCCUUGCCGGCCUCUAAUCGUGCUGGAAGCUUCUCGACGGCACAGAGUAGGCUGGGUGCUUUGGGAGCGCGCUUCUGUUUUUUGGUGAAGGCUGAAGCAGGUUGAUACGAUCACAUCGGACGCUGCCGCGCAACCAAAUUCGGUCGUGCCUGGAUGCAGUUCUUUUCUGUCUAGUGCCCUUCUUCUUGGCUCUAACGUCGUGCUGAUCAUUGCCGUGGUCACUUGCGCACAGGCGAAUCCGGUCUUGGAAAGAGCACUUUGAUCAACACGCUUUUCAAUACCCGUCUGUAUCCCCGAAAGGAAAUCCCACCUCCUCACGCAGAGCGUCCCAAGACUGUCGCCAUCGAAAGCAUUAGCGCAGGUGAGUCUUGGCCGCUCUACUGCCCAUCAAUGGCCGAACUUCCUGACGCGGCGUGAACCCCUCGUAGACAUUGACGAGAACGGCGUCCGUCUCCGUCUCACUGUGGUCGACACUCCCGGGUUUGGUGACUUUGUGAACAACGAUGAGAGGUGAGUCGCGCUGUAUGCAUCCAUAGCUUGCAGUCUUGAAUCAUCUCACACAUCCCUGGAUGCGAUCACCCGUAGCUGGAAGCCCAUUGUCGACAACAUCGAAUCUCGCUUUGACGCGUACCUCGAGCAGGAGAACCGCGUCAACCGCGCCAAGCUGGUAGACAACCGCGUCCAUGCUUGCUUGUACUUCGUUCAACCAACUGGUCACGCGUGAGUGUACAGAUCAGAUGAGCAUGGUAGAAGGAUGCGGUGAACAUGGCGACAAGCUGGGACCGCACGCUUGCCCUCGUCACUCACUCGACUUCUGUCAUCCAACCUUGCAGUCUGCGCCCUAUCGACAUCGAAUUCAUGCGCAGACUCCAUCAAAAAGUCAACCUGAUCCCCGUCAUCGCUAAGAGCGACACCUUGACAGACGAGGAGAUUCUGUCCUUCAAGCAGAGAAUUUUGGCCGACAUCAACCACCACCAGAUCCAAAUCUUCUAUGCGCCCAUCUAUGACAACGAGGACGAGGAGACCAUUGCGGAGAAUGACGAGAUUGUCGUGAGUAGCUUGAGCAACUCGCUUCUAACUGGCGUGCGACGCACGCUUGCCUUGAGAGUCAAGAAGCCUGCUGCACGAAGUUCCCUAAACUCCACGGGAGCUACAAUGAUUCAAGGCUGUCGCUGACGAAUGGCGCCUUCUCGAUUCCAGCGCAAGAUUCCCUUCGCCAUUGUUGGGUCGGACACUGAGGUUGACACGGCGGAUGGACGUCGUGUGCGAGGACGUGGAUACCCCUGGGGUGUCAUCGAGGUCGACAACGAAGACCACUGCGACUUCGUGAAGCUACGCCAAAUGCUUAUUCGCAGCCACAUGGAAGAGCUCAAGGAGCACACUCACACAACGUUGUACGAGAAGUACAGAUCCGAGAAGCUGGUUGGAAUGGGUGUCACGCAAGACCACUCGGUCUUCAAGGAGGUCAACCCUGCUGCGAAGAUGGCCGAGGAGCGCGCCUUGCACGAGGCCAAGCUCGCGAAGAUGGAGGUGAGUCGCACUCGUGCGCCUCGGAGCACAGCUCAUUCCUGGCUCUGACAUCAUCGCCCCUUGAUUCCGCAAUAGAACGAGAUGAAGCUCGUCUUCCAGCAAAAGGUCGCAGAGAAGGAGGCCAAGCUGAAGCAGAGGUGCGUGUUGCUUGCAUAAACGACAUGCGGGCACGUUUGCUCACCCUCUCGUCCCUUCCACUCUAAUUGCAACAGCGAGGAAGAGCUGUAUGCUCGUCACAGGGAAAUGCGCGACGCUUUGGAAAAGCAGCGCCUCGAAUUGGAGGACAAGAAGAGGCGGCUGGAGAGUGGUCGUCCAUUGACUCCCGAGAAGCAAGGUGUAAGUAUUCUGAUGCGCAAGCCGCGCCUUUUGGGAAGCAGCUAACCCAGACAGCCGAUUCGUUCACAGUACCAACAGGCCUCAAAGAAGAAGGGUGGAUUCCUGCGAAAUUAG